UCGAAACGUCAGAAACAUUUCGGUACAUGGUAGAAAUCACGUACGAUGGACUAAAAGAAUGCGCCGGCUAUAAGUAAAUUAAGGAGAGGGUAGAGUCUUUAGUAUUAUGACUGAGAUUGCAACAUGUUUCUGGUGGCUUGCAUUUAGUAAAACGUUUCUCAUACGUUCCCGGCAAACGCGUACGAUAUUCCAUUGACGCCAAACGUGUGUUUGGUUUAUUUUGUGUAAUUACAAUAAGCUUGUUAGAAACUAACGACCGUUAUUUUUUAAAUUAUCACCAUGGAUGAUGCUGAUGUACCAGCAAAGGGGAAUAUAUUCGGAAAAGUGGUACCGGCGCGGUAUGUGCUCGCGGUGCUGGGCUCUAUCGCGAUGGCGAUUGUCUAUGGUUUGAAGGUGAACCUGUCAGUUGCUAUGGUGGGAAUGCUCAACCACACGUCCAUACGCCUAGCCUCUAAUCCUGACAGGGAGCUCCUGGAGUUGGGGAACUACACGCCGCCUAGUGACGUCGAAUGCCAACCUACUUCUGGCGGCAGUCACACCACGGAAAUGGAUGGACCAUUCGAGUGGUCAUCAGAAAUUCAAGGCAUAAUACUUAGUUGCUACUUCUGGGGUUAUUUCGUUUCUCAAAUACCUGGUGCUCGAGUAGCAGAGUUAUUCUCCGCGAAAUGGGUGAUGUUCUUCAGCGUCACUAUAAAUGUGGUGUGCACCCUGCUCACACCUGUCAUGGCGGAGGCACAUUACAUUGCGGUGGUCAUCAUGAGGAUAGGAGAAGGUAUAGGUGGGGGUGUAACAUUUCCUGCGAUGCAUGUACUGUUGUCGAAAUGGGCACCGCCGGCUGAGCGUAGCGUAAUGGCGGCGCUGGUAUACGCGGGAACUUCGCUCGGUACAGUCAUAUCUAUGCUCAUGGCGGGCAUGCUCACUGCUUCGCUGGGUUGGGAGAGCGUGUUCUAUGUGAUGGGAGGUCUGUCGUGUCUGUGGUGCGUGUUGUGGGUGGCGCUGGUGCAGGACACGCCACAGCAGCAGCCUCUCAUCAGCACCGAGGAGCGGGAGAUGAUCGUCACCUCGUUGGGAGGGAAGACCAAUGAUCACACGCCACAUAAGAAGUUGCCGGUGCCAUGGCGUGCGGUGCUGACAUCACCCGCAUUCCUGGCCAUCCUGGUGGCGCACGCGUGCUCCAACUGGGGCUGGUAUAUGCUGCUCAUCGAAUUGCCCUUCUACAUGAAGCAAGUCCUCAAGUUCAACAUGACUGAGAAUGCAGUAACCACUUCCCUACCUUUCUUGUCGCUGUGGAUCUUCAGCAUAGCGUUGAGUCGCACACUGGAUUGGCUGCGUGGUAAAAACAUCAUCACUACCACCACUGCUAGGAAAAUUGGCACCUUGUUCGCAUCCGCGGUGCCGGCGGCGUGUCUGCUGUCACUGUGCUAUGUGGGGUGCGCCCGGGGUGCUGCGGUGGCGCUCACCGCGCUCGGAGUCACCUGUAUCGGCGGCAUGUUCUGCGGCUUCCUCUCAAACCACAUCGACAUAGCACCAAACUUCGCUGGUACCCUCAUGGCUUUGACGAAUACAGUCGCAACUGUUCCCGGUAUAGUUGUACCUAUUUUCGUCGGAGUAUUGACACAUGGAAACCAAACUAUAUCAGCGUGGCGUAUCAUUUUCUUCGUUACAAUAGGGUUGUACAUAAUAGAGAUUAUUGUGUACACGUUGUUCGGAUCUGGUGAGCAGCAGCCCUGGAACAACCCCCCAGAGAACCACGAUGAAGAGGGGGCCAAGAGACCUUUGAAUACCGAAACUGAAAAGACGCAUGUUUAAACUUUUAAAUGGAACGUUAUUUAU